AAAAGCAAAAAGAAGAAACGAAAGCAGUCGGCACACCCGGAAGUCUGUUUUGUUAUGGUCCUGUAGAGCGGGAAGCACGAUCGCAUAGACGGCAUGAUGGCGUCCAAAGGGCAAGACGUCACCCAGUGCAACAUCUCGCCGGUUCUCUUCAUGACUGUGGAAGGAGAGCCCAUGUCCUUCUAUUUGCGCCCGGGCCCCAUCAAGAAAGAGCUCCAGCCUCUCAUCACAGCUGGGGGAGGCACCAUGUGCAAUGUCCAGAAGCCUGGAUCCAUUUUGCUUAUUGACCCUGAGGAAAAAGGUGCGGUUAAUGAGAGCACAGCACAUCGGUACGUGUCGAUGCAGUACAUCCACGACUGUGUGGAGAAAGACGAGCAGCUGAACCUCGACGACUACAGAAUGAAAGCCGGAACAGGCCAAAAGCAUUCUCCAAAAUUUAACGAGGGCAAGAGAAUGUCUCCCGGUAAUUCAGGAGGCAGGCAGGCGUACAACCCCGGCGAAGACGCCGCUAUUCUGAAAUACGUCCACCUGCGAAAGUCAGAAGUUAAAGGCAACCGUCUCUGGCAGCAGAUGGAAAAAGAGCGCGUAACCACUCACAGUUGGCAGUCAAUGAAAGCCCGUUACAAAGAUUACCUGGUUCACAAACACACCGAAGACGUCGGGGUGGAAGAAGCAGCCGGAGAAGACGCGCAGGACAACGAAAAAGCUGAAGUGACAGACAGACUCGACUUUGAAGACGAAGCUGCUGAUCCUCAGACGGACUCGAAGCCACAAGACCCUCCAUCGCCUAACUCGGCUGAUGGUCAAACACAGAUUGACCUGCUCCCUGUCGCUGAAAAAGGAUCUUCGGGUGAUGCCCAAGCUCAAAUGUCCAACCCUCUCCAGCAAGAGGAGAAAAUAUUGAACCCGCCACAGGAUGAAAUCGAACCAGCAAUGAUUGCUGAAUCUGAAAUGUGCGACGCUUUGGAGACUGAGGAGAGCACCAAACCAGAAACAGACCAGCCACCCGCAAACACCUCGCCUCAGAGUGAAAAAGCACCUGAAAGCACAGAACCAGCCCAAAAAGAGCCCCAAAGCAAUGGCUCGACAAGUGAUGAUGACGUGCAGCCUUUGUGUGUGCGUCGCCGCUCAGUGCGCAAACGGUUAGAAGAGUCUGAGGAAGAGGAAGCAACAUACACCAGAAAGCUCCCCUCGUUAACAUCCUCAUCGUCGUCAAGAACUUCAGUCAGGCAACUGUCGUCCUCCCCUCCUACUCCCAUGAGAACCAGGUCAGCCUCGUCUUCUCUUCCAGAAGAGACCGGAGAGCAUGAGCCGCCUCCCAAGAGAGCAAAAGAAGAGACCGAAGCUGCCGAAGAGUACGAAACAGCCGUAGAAAAAGAAGAAGCAGAGAUUCGACAAGAGGAUGCCGUGCAGUCUGCUGCCUCACCACAAGCAGGUCCUGCUCAUGUCAACCAGCCGAAUGAGUCUGAGCCACAGCGAGCAGAGAGGAAGAAGAAGAAGAGCAGGAGGAAGCUGGGAAUAAUUGAGAGGGCCGCAAAGGAGUUUUUGAGGAGCUCCAGCUCCACUUCAGUCUCGAGCGACAGCGACAGUGCCAGUGAGCACUGGGAUGAUCCACUUGGGCCAAGAAGAAUCACAAGUCCUCUCACCAUCCCUCAGUCUGUUGAGGAUAUUUUCGAAACAGCGUCCGAAACCCCCCUGGUGGAACCAUUGGCCUCCGUGGCCAUCUCUACAGCCCGGGCCGAUCCGCGCCUUCCUGAACGAGAACCCGGCGAACAGAAGACCCCGCCAGAGGGCCGUCUGUCUCCGCGACCAAGCAGCGCUCUCGGAGUGGCAUCCAAAGUCCAAGUUGGUGGCAAGUCCCCGGAAAAAGACGUCAUCCCUCCAGAGCGUGCCCAAUUUGAGGAGGACAAGCGUUGUAUCAGAGAACUGAUGAAGCAGACAAACCAGGAUUUGGUGUCCGUGGUUAAAGCCUUGCUGAAGACCAGCGGUGACCUCUCCGCCGCCUCGCGCCUGCUUUCUGAUCCCAUGUCCUUCUGCGCACCGCUUUGGGACCGGCAAGAUGACCGCUUACUGCUGUCGGCCGACUCUGCUGCCCUCCAGCGGCUCCAGAGGAAACACGGUGAAGCUGCCGUGGCCAAGCGGAUGAUGUUCCUCAAGGUAGAGCGGUGAAAAUGGGGAAUGUUACUGUUUUUGUUUGGGUUUUUUUUUUUUUUUUUUUUUGCAUUCCCGAUCUGUUUGACAUUUCAUCAGAAUUGUUUACUUGACUGUUUUAAAGCGGUUUUAUUAAAUCAUUAAAUACUCUUCAUCAAACCAUAACUUUGUACUACUUUUGUCUCUUUAACAUGGUGGGAUAAUUUUUACUCAUUUAAGGGGGGGGACGGUUACCCUCACCACAAAUGCCACUCUGUGACCAUAUGCUUAGCAAACACAUUCCUGUUCCCUCUCCAUGUCUCCAAAGGUAGUACAUAGUAAUGGGGGAAAUAAAGCUUCAAAUGUGCUUCAUGAACCAAUUGUUUUUUUUUUCACUUGUCCAGAUGGUGGUGUUAGUUUAAACAAAGGGCAAAUGGCAAGUCAAUGUACUUUCACACCAAUGUUGAGCAGACAGUGUCAUCUCGAGGAGUCAAAAAAAUUCAACUGGUAACAUGAAGCAAAUUGGAAGCUUCAUUUUCUGUCACUAGUCGGAGUAGUUUUAGAUUACUUUUUUUGUAUUUUGGAACAGCAGUUAGUUCUCUGUGUUGUAUUCCAGUCAGGAAUAUUAGAAUGUUCAUUAAAACAUCAACUGUACAGUCAAUGUUUCCAAUGAGGAAGCCAUUUUACACACACAUAGGACAAGAGUUCAAGAAUUUUACCCCCUCACUCUUUAUUCAGUUUACAAUGACUACAUUCAUUAUUUCUGCCCCAGACCCACAUGAAUAUGUUAAUACUCCUUUUAAUAAAGAAGAAAAAAAAAAAAC